CAUGAUUCCUUACGAAACAUAUGACCUGUCUCUGGCCUUGUGGUGCUGCUACUCGCAGGAGGUGUUAGAAUUAGGUUAACUACUAGCAAUAGCGCACCUACCCGACAGGUCGGCGAGUGAAGUAGGAAUUGUACGAGCGGAGUUGCCACAAUGCUGAAAUGUAGAACUGUGUGGAGAAAGCUUGCUCCUCUUGCCAGAGCCUCGUCAACACUAUGUCGGCAAAAUGUGAGAAGAACAGGUUUGAACCAUGGCAGAAUACCAGCUGAUCUACCUGCGGUUCACAUGGCAACAGGGCCUGUCGGGGGUGGCAAGGAAAAUCAGCUGUAUGUCCUCUUGGUUGGGGCAGCCUGCCUUGGUGGAGGGAUCUAUGCUUACCGAACUGUCAGAGGAGACCAGAAAAGAUAUGAUGAGCGUUUUGCAGUUUUACACCAAGCCACCAGAGAGGAAAUAUACCCAAGCAUUCAGACAGAAGCCCCUGCUGUUCUGCAGCCAGAACCUCAAGUCGCACCUGCGUUGGUAGACCUGAGCCCUUCUCCCACUGAUGAUGAGGCGGUGGCCCAGAGUCAGACAACGGAACCUCUGCCAGCUGCCGGAGUGCAGUCUGUAUUCAAGCUCCCCUCGCACGCCCCCUACCUCCUCAUUGGCGGAGGCACGGCCUCCUUCGCCGCUGCCCGCUCUAUUCGAGCCAGAGACCCUGGCGCCCGCGUUUUGAUUGUGACUGAUGAGCCAGACCUCCCAUACAUGAGACCGCCUCUGUCCAAAGAACUCUGGUUCUCUGACGACCCUGCUGUGACUGAAACGCUGCGCUUCAAACAGUGGAAUGGAAAGGAAAGAAGUAUUUACUUCCAGCCACCAUCCUUCUACAUUACUCCUGAAGAACUGAGUAGUGCAGAGAAUGGGGGCGUUGCUGUUUUCACUGGAAAAAAGGUUGUUCAUAUGGAUGUGCGAGGAAACAAGGUGAAACUAGACGACGAUACUGAGAUUUCAUACGACAAGUGCUUGAUUGCCACGGGCGGCAUUCCAAGAAAUCUGCCAGUCCUUGAAAGAGCAGGAGAGGAAGUGUUGAAGAAGACCACUCUGUUCCGUAAGAUUGAUGACUUCAGAUCCUUGGAUAAAUUCUCCAGAAACAUCAAGUCAGUUGCAGUCAUUGGAGGUGGCUUCUUGGGCAGUGAGCUGGCCUGUGCCCUUGGCAGGAGAUCACAUGAUUCAGGUCUGGAGGUGAUACAAAUGUUCCCUGAGAAGGGCAACAUGGGCAAAGUGCUACCCGAAUAUCUCAGCAACUGGACGACAGAAAAAGUCAAGAAAGAGGGUGUAAAAGUAAUCUCCGAAGCGCUGGUCAAGUCUGUCGCCUACAAAGAUGAGCAAUUAGAAAUCCAACUGAAGGAUGGUCGAUUGGUAAAAACUGAUCACAUCGUUGCAGCUGUUGGCCUGGAGCCCAACGUGGACCUCGCUAAGUCAGCAGGCUUGGAGGUGGACUCUGACUUUGGUGGCUACCGGGUCAAUGCGGAAUUGCAAGCUCGGUCCAAUAUUUGGGUGGCUGGUGAUGCUGCAUGUUUCUAUGACAUCAAGCUGGGCCGCAGACGUGUAGAACACCAUGACCACGCUGUCGUCAGUGGCAGACUGGCAGGGGAGAAUAUGACAGGAGCCAGCAAACCUUACUGGCAUCAGUCUAUGUUUUGGAGUGACCUCGGUCCCGAUGUAGGAUACGAGGCCAUUGGGAUUGUGGACAGCAGUUUGCCCACAGUGGGCGUCUUUGCCAAGGCCACCGCCAAGGACACACCAAAAGCUGCCACUGAACAGUCUGGAACCGGAAUCCGCUCAGAAAGUGAAACAGAGGAUGUGGCUUUGAGCCCGGUGGCCUCCACGACACCCGUGCCCACCGCCACGCAAAAAGAUGACUACGGCAAAGGAGUCAUCUUCUACCUGCGAGACAAAGUGGUGGUGGGGAUCAUCCUGUGGAAUGUUUUCAACAGAAUGCCCAUCGCCAGAAAGAUCAUCAAGGAUGGAGAGGACCAUGCAGACCUGAACGAAGUUGCCAAGCUGUUUAACAUCCAUGAUGAUUAAGACAGGAGACUUUGUAAACUUUGUCCUUUACAAUCCAAUCAUGUCUACAGUGGCAUGUUAUAUGUAAAUUAUGUUCUCGGUGGAUUAUUUUCAUACUCUAUUUUGAAAUUUCAAUCGCACCACAUGUCUCGUCUGGCACUUUCUCAACCAAUUUUUCAAAAACAAUGAUGGUAUGCCACAUCUGUACAGCGCUGGUCUUUGUCGUCACGGAAAGGCUGCAAUAAAAGUGAUUUUUAAAUCCAA